AUGAGGCACAGCCUCAAACGUCACAUCAAGCGCUGCCACGUUGACCUUUCCGUGGCCCAGUGGGUGUGCGGCGGCUGUGGUGCCCGGCUGCCGUACCACUUCUCCCGACACGGCUGCUUUGCGCAGCCGGCCGCUGCGGGCCCGGUGGCCAUGCCCCACCGCUGCUGGUGCGGCCGGAGCUUCACGACCCGGCGCGGCCUCACCAACCAUGCCCGCCUGUGCCGCCGCUCCCCCGUCCACGUGGACACGCCGUCCCUCCCGCUGACCGCUGGGACUGACCGACCGGUGGCAGGUGACGACGACCUCUCCCUGCCCCCGCUCACCCCUCCCGAGGCCCCCGUCCGCGGCUCGGCCUCUGACCCCGGCCCCGGCUCGCCUCGUUCGAACAUGUCGAGCCCGCAGGCCGACCGGCGCGGCUCCGACUCACCCCUCCUGCCCCCGUUCCCGCCCUCCCUGGAGGCCUGUCGGCGGUCGGAGAGUGGCAGUGAGCUGGACAUCACCCUGGAGACCCCUCCGCGGGCCCCCUCCCCCUCUGACUGGACCCUGCUGGAGGACCUGGCCGUCUCCUCCGACUCCGAGGCGGCCGUGACGGAGGACAGCCUGCCGCUGUCGCUGCGGCUGGCCGGCACCGACUCCCCUCCCCUCCCGGUGGCCGCUGACGCUCCGUCCCCCGACAGAGCCCCGACGCCGCCGCUGGAUCCGGCUCCGUCCUCCCCACUCUCCCCAGCUGACUGCCCGCCGCCCGACAGAGCCGAGACGCCGCCGCCGGACGCUGCUCCGCGCUCUGUCCCUGCUCCGGCCUCUGCCUCUGCUGCUGCUCGUGUGACGCCCGGUGACCUGCCGCGCGCCCCGCCCGGUGACCCCGCCGGCGCUGUAGCUGCGGUGCCCUUGGUGGCGGCCGCGGUCGUGGUCGUGGCCGUGGUGCCUCUCGCGGUCGUGGCCGAGGUGGUGCCUCCCGUGGCCGGGGUGGUGCUGCUGGUGCCCCCGCUGGUGACCCCGCUGGUGACCCUGACGGUGGUGCCGGUGGCGCAGGGCCCGGAGCCGACCGAGCUGCAGCAGGAGUUUCUCCCGGUACUGACCGCCCUGCAGGAGACCCGCGCCCCGUGGGAGGAGGUGGAGCGGCAGCUCACCCGGCUGUGCGCCGAGGCGGCCCGGCGUAACGCCGACUACCACGAGCGGCGCCGGCGCCCCGCCCCCUGGCGCCCCCCUAACGAGCGGCCGCCCGCUGACCGUCCCCCCGCCGCCCCUCCCGCCGGCGAGCCCCGUCCCCCUCCAGCGGAGCAGGAGCCGGAGCCGGCCGAGGACCACCGGCGGCCCUGGCAGCCGCCGGCCUACGCGGCAGAGGAGGCCAGUCGGCUGCAAAAGUUGUACCGCGCCAACAGGGACAAGGCGGUGCGGCAGGUGCUGCGGGAGGAGACGCCCCCGUGCCCCGUGCCCGGCGAGCAGCUGGCGGCCCACUUUGCCCCUCCUCCCUGCCCCCCUGUGGAGUGGGACCGGCGGCCGCAGGAGGUCCCUGACCUGACCCCCGCCGCCCCCUCCCCGGCUCUGACCGCCCCGUUCCGAGCCGACGAGGUGUGGGGCCGUCUCCGGCGGGCGGCCAACACCGCCCCCGGCCCUGACGGGCUGCGCUACGCCGCCUGGCGCGCGCUUGACCCCGGUGCGCUGCUCCUGACCCGGGCUUUCGAGCUGUGCCGGCUGGCGCGUCGCGUCCCGCCCACCUGGCUGGAGUCGGAGACGGUGCUGCUGCACAAGGGAGGUGACCCGACCCGGCCCGACAGCUGGCGGCCGAUCGCCCUCGGCGCCACUGUCGCCAAGCUGUACGCCGGUGUGUGGGCCGACCGUCUGUCCGGGUGGGUGGAGGCCGCUGACCUCCUCUCCACAGGCCAGAAGGGUUUCCGGCCAUUCGACGGCGUGCUGGAGCACAACUUUGUGCUCCAGAGCGCCAUCAACAGCGCCCGGGAGGACGGGACGGAGGCCCACGUGGCCUUUAUCGACCUGGCCAACGCGUUUGGCUCGGUCCCCCACAGCCUCCUUUGGCAGGUGCUGCAGCGGGUCGGUGUGCCGGAGGAGGUCGUGGCGGUGGUACAGGGCCUGUACGAGGGCAGCGCCACCCGGUACCGGGCCGGGGACGGCCUGACUGCGCCGGUGGCGUGCCAGCGCGGCGUGCGGCAGGGGUGCCCCCUCAGCGGUAUCCUCUUUUCCCUCGCCCUGGAGCCGCUGCUGCGGGCCCUCGCCGCCGCGCAGGUGCGCUGCCUGGCCUACGCUGACGACCUGGCUCUGAUUUUCAGCCGACGCAGCGAGGUGCAGGACGGCCUGGCGCUGCUGGAGCGCGUGUGCGCCUGGGCGGGGCUGACCCCCAAUCCGGGGAAGUCGGCCCUGCUCUCCGUCGGCGCCCCCUCCCCGCCCGCCACCCUGUGCGGUGCCCCUCUGCCCCUCAUUGACAGGGACGGGGCCUACAGGUACCUCGGCCGACCCGUCGGGCACACCCGCCUGACCCAGCCGCCCCUGCAGGUGGUGGCGGAGGCGCGCCGUGACGCCGCCCGCCUCCUGGGGUCGCCCCUGGCCCCGUGGCAGAAGCUGGACGCCGUGAGGGCGUUCAUCGCCCCACGGCUGACCCACUGCCUGCGGCUGGGGGUGAUCCCCAAGGGCGCCCUGGCGGCGUUUGACAGGUCCUUGCGGUGGCGUGUCAAAGGAGUUCUGAACUUGCCUGUCAACGCCACCAACAGGUACCUCUACAGCCCGACUAAGGCCGGUGGGGUCGGACUGACCCACUUUUCCCAGGAGGCGGACAUCCUGCUGGCGGCGGCCACCCAGCGCCUCCUCCAUUCCCAGGACCCGGCGGUGGGGGAGGCGGACGUGGAGCCGCGGCGCGAGUCGCGCGCGCUCCGUGAGGCGGUCCGCCAGACCGAGCUCGCCGAGCUGACCCGCAUGCCCCAGCAGGGCAAGGUGCUGGCCUGUGUGGCGGACCAGCCGGCACACGCGGGGGCGUACCAGCUGCGGCACGACGCCAUCCUGGCCCGGCUGGAGCGCGCCACGCCUGUGUUUGCAGGAGAUGACGUGCGGGUGAACCGUCGCGUCCCCGGCAUUGACUCCGCCCUCCGCCCCGACCUGGUCGUGACCCGGGGCGACCACGUGUCACUGGUGGACGUCACCGUGGCGUUCGAAAACCGCCCCGAGGCCCUCCGCGCCGCCGCCGCUGACAAGGAGCGCAAGUACGCGCCCCUCGUACAGGAGCUGCGGCGGCGGGGCAAGACGGCCUCGGUCCACGCCCUCGUGCUGGGGUCCCUGGGGACGUGGGUGCGGGGGAACGAGAGGACGCUGCGUCAGCUGCGCGUGUCCCGCGUGUACGCCCGUCUAAUGCGUAAACUCAUGUGGCUGGUGGCUGCCCUCUCGGUGGCCGCCGUCAAGUGGCCGGUGGCCGCUCUGCUGAUGGCCGGUGGCCGCCCUCCCGGCGGCUGCCUUCAAGUGGCCGGUGGCCGCCCUGCGGAUGGCCGGUAG